CAGUGUGACAGCGGACGGUGACCAGCAGCGGCGGAACACCGGACUCUCUGACUGUAAACACUUCAGGCCCGGUUUGUCGCCACAAAGCCGGGAUGGCCGUGUGCUGAUGCGGACUGUGGGCUUAGUGCCGCCGUCGUCCCGCCGUGCCUUCGUGAGUCCUGACGGGCCGAGAGCCGCCGCCAUGGCCGCAGCGUCGCCCCGCUGCACAUCUGUCAGACUCCCCGCUCUCGCCGCUGUGGUCCUGCUCCUCAUGUCGGCGACCACCGUGCAGUCCUCUCAAGGCGACAAGGAGCCGGUUUACCGAGACUGUGUGAAGCAGUGCGUCCGGACUAACUGCACCGGAGCCCGGCUACGCGGCUUCCAGUCCGCCCAGCCGCAGUACAUGGCGCUGACAGGUUGGACCUGCCGGGAUGACUGUCGCUAUCAGUGCAUGUGGACCACUGUGGGCCUUUACCAGGCUGAGGGCUACAGAGUCCCUCAGUUCCACGGCAAGUGGCCGUUUGCGCGCUUCCUGUGUUUCGAGGAGCCGGCGUCUGCGCUGGCCUCUCUGCUUAAUGGCCUGGCCUGCCUUCUCAUGCUGCUGCGCUAUCGGAGCACGGUGCCACGCCAGAGCCCCAUGUACCACACCAUCAACGCCUUCUCUCUGGUGUCUCUCAAUGCCUGGUUCUGGUCCACGGUGUUUCACACCCGGGACACCUAUCUCACUGAGAAAAUGGACUAUUUCUGUGCAACAGCCGUCAUUCUUUACUCAAUCUACCUGUGUUGUGUCAGGACUUUGGGUCUGAGGCGACCUGGGGUGUCCAGCAUGGUGGGAGUCCUGCUCAUCUUGGCCUUUACCUCUCACGUGUCAUACUUGACCUUCGUCAGUUUUGACUACGGCUACAACAUGGCUGCCAACGCAACCAUCGGCAUGGUGAACCUCCUGUGGUGGCUGUGUUGGUGCUGGCAGAACCGGCGGACUCUACCGUACUGGUGGAAGUGUGGCCUGGUGGUGCUGCUGCUUCACGGUCUGGCUCUGCUGGAGCUGCUGGACUUCCCUCCGCUGCUCUGGAUCUUAGACGCUCACGCUGUCUGGCACCUCAGCACCAUCCCAGUGCACUUCCUUUUCUACAGUUUCCUGAUAGACGACAGCCUCUACUUACUAAACACAGAGAAGAUGGGUGUGAAGGUGGAGUAGGAGGAGCUCAUCGCCUCUUCACCACGCCUACACCCGCGCACCUCUCCGAUCAGGGCAGCCGGACACCCGAAACACGGAAGUAGCUCAGCCUCCCAGAUGACAUGCAUGACACCACUAUGACUUCCAUCAGAGUAGACUUUGUUUACAUUUUUCGUUUUUUUAAAAAUUUUGUUGUAUUUAUUUGAGGGUAAUUUCUCUCUUUAAAAAAAAAAAGAAGAAUUGUCAUGAUUGAUGCUUGCUCUACUUUGCCUUGUACCGACUUACGUGUGUGCUACCGUUCAGUUGCUAUUCAUCACAAACAGCAGGACAAGAUGAAGGAACAAACGUUUUGCUUUCUACCCGGUUUUCCACCUCGCGAUCGGAUUCGCGUCCCGUUUCUUGAGUCUUGUGCACACCUGAAAUCGAUUUCCCCCGAAACCCACACUUUUGACUUUUUUCUCGCCAGCCUCUUGGACGUCCCAACAAGACUUUAGCUGUGCACAAAUGGCACUUUGCUGUGGCUGACAAUAGAUGGCACCAAAUCCUUGGCCUGGGCCAUCACAACAUGCUCGGUCGCGGUUCAACAUGUGUCGUCUGUGCCAAAAGUGGACUGGCAGAGACAGAGAGGUGCCCCUUGUGAAGAGGCCUGCCAGCUGAUUGUUCUAGAGAGAGGGGGAAGGGGUUCAUGUUGGAGGCCGUUCUAGCUGACUGUGUUUUUUCUCCUCUCUUUUCUCACUAUCAUCACACCUUUAUUUUUGUGCCUCCCUUGUUUCCACCGCUGCUUUUGUUGGCGGCUCUUCGUUAUCAUUCUGUUUUUUUCUUCUUAAUUUUCAUCUCAAUCAUCUGCCUUAGUUGUUUUUAUUUCUGUUGUUGGAACAAUUUUGUGCUUUAUUCUGUUUGGUUACUUGAUUUUGAACUUUGGUGGGAUAUGCCUGAUGAUCAUACAAGUUUAAUCACCUGGAUUGCCUUUUAGUGUAAGAAGUGACUGAGGCAGGGAGAAUAAGCAAUGCAACAGGAAGAUGCAGCAGUCAGGGUGUCGUUUUUUUUGUUUUGUUUUUUUUUGUUUUUACAUCAGGGGAUUCUAAUAAAUUCUGGGGUUACAUUAGGUAGUGUGAGUGAGGGAGUGAGUGUUCAUGUGUUUGUUUUAUUAUUUUUAGAUUUUGGUUGCAUUUCUUGCUGCAGUAUUCCCCCAAAACUCACACACCACACCAGCUGCUUUAAAGAUAACCGCUCCAUCGUGUACAAGAAAAAUAAUAAUAUUCCCUCCAUGUCGGCUUUUACUCUGUAUGAGCUUGUUUUUUUAUUUUUUGUUUCCCUCUCAAGAGUCGACACCAAACGUUUUGAAUUCAUUCCGUGCCUGUCUUCGUCCCUCACAGCUUCCCUUCCAUAUGUGCACUUUACGAGUGUGUGUACAUUUACAUUCGGUUUUUUUUUUUCUCCUUGUGUUUGAAAUUCUGCCCAUGCCUUUGUACUUGGGUGUGAGAAUGUGAACAAUGAGCAGUAUGUGCGUGUACACGUUGCCUUGACUCGACAUUGUGUUGUUGUUUUUUUUUUUUUGCCAUCACAAACUGAAUCACUGUGGUCGAGAGAGAGCGCUGGACUGUGCUCGAUCCUUUUGUAAAAGAUGAGACAGAAUGUGUGUGUAUAUAUAUAUUCAGAGAGACAGAUAUAUAUCUAUAUAUAUAUGUUGGAGGUUUGCUGCGAGAUCGUGUGUGAGCCGAUGGGUAAAUUUAGCUUUGCUGACAGCCUGUGAUGGGGGUGGGUGGAGGAGGGGGGAAGACAGAGGACGGAAGAUCAUGGGUCAUAGGUUUGGGUGGCGAAGAGAUUCCUGAAAUCAUGGCAGAGAUGCUGGGAUUUUGCGAUAAAAAUUCACUAUAUAUAUCAUAUAUUAAUCGUUAUUGGCCCAAAUGGUUUAUAUCCUCUGAUGUAGUAAUGUUUAAUAAGCACUGACAUUCCUGAAAUGGGGCCCAAUUCAGACACUACACAUGCUUCUAAAUAGUUAAAACAUUUCAAAAACAACUCUUCAAUCAUUAUCUAUUCCAAACCAAAAGCCCGACAUGUUAUCCACAGGUUAGAAAAUCACUUCAUUGGUAUGUGCCUCGGUUGUAAUGAGUUGAAGAUUACCUAAAGAAUUAGCAAAUCACAAACUCCCGUUUUUGCUCUGUAAAUCAUUCCAGUGUUCGUUUCCUUCUUCCUGCCAGUAACCACGUCCCUCCUCCUCCUCUGUCACUCAUCUGCUGCCCCCUGCCUGCUGCCCUGUGCACCGUCACCUCUCCUACCGAGUGCACUGUCCUCCGCCUCACAUCUACUAUUUGACCAAAAAAACAAAAAAAAAAACUUCAGAAAUGGAAUAAAUAAAAGUGUUCUUUGUU